ACCUGGACACUAACUAUGGGGUGGACAACUCUGUGGUUGUGUGUUCUCGCUCUGCCACUAACGAGCACCAUCCAGGUGAAAGCCAGGAAAGCGCGCCAGUCCAACCAUGUGAACAGCAUCUGCAGCACCUGGGGCAGAGAGCACUUCAAGACCUUCGAUGGAGACGUGUACCAGUUCCCAGGGACGUGUGAAUACAACCUGGCCUCCGACUGCCACUCUGAGUCCUACCAGGAGUUCUCUGUGCACCUGAAGAGGAACGAGGCUACUGAGGCUGAGGGGAACCCUACGGUCAAACACGUAGUGGUCACUAUCAACGACCUGGUCUUCCACCUGACCAAGACUCAGGUCGCGGUCAAUGGAGAAAUUGUAACUCUGCCGUUCUACAAUGGAGGAGUCCAACUGGAGAGGAAUGCAGUUUACACCAAACUCUACUCCAAGGUUGGCCUGGUUGUCAUGUGGAACGGAGAAGAUGCCGUCAUGGUGGAGCUGGACACGGAGUACACCAACCGUACCUGUGGUCUCUGUGGAGACUUCAAUGGCCUUCCAGUCCACAAUGAGUUUGUUCAUAACGGUCGUAAAGUGAGCCCCAUUGAGUUUGGAAACAGACAGAAGGUCCACAGGCCCAACGAGGACUGUGAAGACCCCUAUGAAGAGGAAGAGGAAGAUGAACCUGCAGACGUUCAGCCUAAAGAGGACACAUGCAAGGAGUUUCAUGCCCAGUGUGACCAGCUCCUGCGCUCGCCGUUGUGGAGCUCCUGUGGUGCGGUCGUGAACCCUGAGCCCUACAUCCAGGCCUGUGUUCAGGACCUGUGUGGCUGCAGCAACACUUCAGAUAGCUUCUGUGUCUGCAGCACCCUGGCAGAGUACUCCAGACAGUGCUCCCACGCCGGGGGACAGCCACCCCACUGGAGAACAACAGCCUUCUGUGACAAGCAGUGUCCGUUCAACAUGGUCUAUCUGGAGAGUGGCUCUCCCUGCAUGGAUACCUGUACCCACUCUGACACCAGCUCACUGUGUGAAGAACACCUGAUGGACGGCUGCUUCUGCCCUCACGGGACUGUGUUUGAUGACAUCUCAAGAGGGUGUGUCACUCAGGACCAGUGUCAGUGCAAACAUUACAACUCUGGAGAAGUAUUCAGACAGGACCGUGAGGAAUGUGUCUGUCAUCAUGGUCAGUGGUCCUGUAAAAGUCUGCCCAGCCCUGCUACAUGUGCCGUUGAGGAGGGUUCACACGUGACGACCUUCGAUGGGAAAGCAUUCACCUUCCAUGGUGACUGUUACUACCCCUUAGCCAAGGUGGAAAGCAAGAAUGAAGCCAGUCCAAAGUUCACUGUACUGGUCCAGCUGGUUCCCUGUAUAAGACAGAAGUUUGACACUUGCCUCAAGAGUGUUGUGGUCUUACUAAACAAUGAUAGAAACAACGCUUUGGUGAUCACCGCCGAUGGGAAAGUCAGCCACAAUGCACAGAUCACUCUGCCUUACAACACAGCUGACAUCAGUGUGUUCAAGCCAUCGUCCUUCCACAUGAUGCUCCAGACCAGCUUUGGGCUGCAGGUUCAGAUCCAGCUGGUCCCUAUCAUGCAGGUCUAUGUCACCUUGGACCCAAGCUACAAGACCAAGACACAAGGUCUGUGUGGGAACUUCAACAAGGUUCUGUCCGAUGACAUGAAGACCCCCCAGGGUAUGGUGGAGGGAACAGCCUCUUCAUUUGGGAACUCCUGGAAGGCUAAUCCUACCUGCAGAGACAGAGAGGAGAGGCUGGACGACCCCUGCUCCCUCAGCGUGGAGAAUGAGAACUAUGCUAAACAUUGGUGCUCCAUGCUAAGAAGUUCUGACAGCACUUUUGCCAAGUGCCAUGCCAUGGUGGACCCCGAGCUUUACUACAAGCGAUGCACGUACGCUAGCUGCAACUGUGAGAAGAGUGAAGACUGCCUGUGUGCCGUCUUCUCCUCUUAUGUGCGAGACUGUGCUACCAAGGGAGUGGUCCUGUCGGGCUGGAGAGAGAACGUGUGUGACAAAUACAUUGGUAACUGCCCAGCGUCUCAGACCUACUCUGACCAGCUCCAGAGAUGUCAGCUGACCUGUAGCUCCCUGGCCAGCAAAAGCCAGGGUUGUACCAAUGACUUCCUCCCCGUGGAUGGUUGUUCUUGCCCGGAUGGACUCUACAUGGAUGACAGGGGCACCUGUGUACCCAUGGACAAAUGCCCCUGCUUCCACAACGGGGUCCACAUCAAGCCUGGGAAGUCCAUCAACAUUCAGGAGGAACACUGUGUCUGCAACAAUGGGAAGCUUCACUGCCGUUCGUGGAAGAUGCGUUCAGAGAGUACCUGCCAGUCGCCGAAGGUGUUCUUGAACUGCUCCAAUGACCUGGGAGUACAGUGUACACGGAGCUGUAGGAACCCGGAUUUCAUGGACUGUUUCUCCGCAGAGUGUGAGUCUGGGUGCAAGUGUCCCACGAGUCUGUGGGAGGAUGGGAAAGGCAUGUGUGUGAAUAAACAUGAAUGCCCAUGCAGCCAUGACGGAUUCCUCUACGCCCCAGGAAAACAGAUCCCAAACGGAUGUAACACUUGCACCUGUAAGAGUGGGAAAUGGGAGUGCACAGAUAAGAAGUGCCCAGGAACCUGUACCAUCUACGGCAGUGGCCAUUACAAAACCUUUGAUGAGCGCACGUAUGGCUUCCAAGGAAAAUGUGGCUAUGUGGCUGUCCAGAACAAAUGUGGGAACCGGCCUGUCCAGGACAAAUUCAUGGUGAUCACAGAGAACAUACCGUGUGGAACCACAGGCACCACUUGUUCCAAGUCUGUCAGGGUUCAACUGGGGAGAACAGAGCUGAAACUAUCAAAGGGGACCCAUGAAGUGGUGGACCUAGGAGUGGGCUCUCAGAUCCAGUACCGAGUGAGGACCGUCGGUCUGUACCUGAUUGUUGAGUCAGACAUCGGGAUCGCAGUGCUGUGGGACCGCAAAACUACUGUCCGCAUCGUCCUGGAGCCACAGCAUAGUGGAGCAGUGUGCGGCCUGUGUGGGAACUAUAAUGGAGAAGGCAGAGAUGACUUCACCACACAAGGUCAGAUGAUAGUCAGCAGUCCUGUGGAGUUUGCUAACAGCUGGAAAGUGUCAAGCACUUGUCCCGACGCAGAAAGCAACGUGGACCCAUGUGGAGCCAGACCCAACCGCCACAACUGGGCUAAGAUGCAGUGCAGCAUCAUCACCGGAAAGACUUUCCAACUGUGUCACAAGAAGGUAGACCCUAGUCUGUACUUUGAGAACUGUGUGAAAGACUCCUGUGCCUGUGAUACUGGCGGAGACUGUGAGUGUUUCUGUACAGCUGUAGCAGCCUACGCCCAGGCCUGCACCGAAGCUGGAGUCUGUGUUGCAUGGAGAACACCAGAAAUUUGUCCUGUGUUCUGUGACUACUACAACGAUCCAGGUGAAUGUGAAUGGCAUUACAGCCCUUGCCACACACCUUGCUUCAAGACCUGUCUGAAUCCAAAUGGGACCUGUGACAACCCUCUUCCCAAUCUGGAAGGUUGUUACCCACAAUGCCCUCCAGAUAGGCCAAUAUUUGAUGAAGAGACCGGGGAGUGUGUUGAGGAAUGCCCACCAACAGGCCCAUCAACAACAACCCCACCAACACCAAUAACAACACCGUGGACACCAACAACUACCACAUUGACAACAGAACCUCCAACCACAACACCAACACCACCAACAACAACACAAACACCACCAACAACCACACCACCACCAACAACAACAACACCACCACCUCCAACAACAACACCACCACCUCCAACAACAACACCAACACCACCAACAACAACAACACCAAUGCCACCAACAACAACACAAACACCACCAACAACCACACCACCACCAACAACAACAACACCAAUGCCACCAACAACAACCACACCAAAACCAACAACAACCACACCACCAACAACCACACCUCCACCAACAACAACACCAAUGCCACCAACAACAAACACCAAACCAACAACAACCACACCACCAACAACCACACCUCCACCAACAACAACAACACCAAUGCCACCAACAACAACCACACCAAAACCAACAACAACCACACCAAAGCCAACAACAACCACACCAAAACCAACAACAACCACACCAAAACCAACAACAACCACACCAAUGCCACCAACAGCAACCACAAAAAUACCAACAACAACAUCACCAAUACCACCAACAACAACAACACAAAUACCAACAACAACCACACAUACACCAACAACAACAACAGCAUUACCACCAACAACAACCACACCACCAACAACAACACCAUUACCACCAACAACAACCACAACAAUACCAACAACACCACCAAUACCACCAACAACAACCACACCAAUACCAACAACAACAACCACACCAAUACCAACAACAACAACCACAACAAUACCAACAACAACAACACCAACAACAACCACACAAACACCAACAACCACACCAAUUCCACCAACAACAACCACACCAAUACCACCAACAACAACCACACCAAUUCCACCAACAACUACCCCCCAGACACCAGAGCCAACAACUACUCCUUGUAUUCCUACCUGUGAGUGGUCAGAAUGGUAUGAUGAAGAUGAUGAUAAAGAUAAGAGUGAUUGGGAAACGUAUUGGAAUAUCACGCAGAGUGGAAAAGAAGUGUGUGAAGAUCCACAGGAUAUUGAAUGUGUAGCUACAGACUAUCCAAAUACAAGCUUAGAGGACUAUGUAGCUUCGACAGGCCAAGUUGUGGAGUGCGAUGUUGACUUCGGGUUAAUAUGUGAAGAAAAUAAACAAACUCAGAGACCAUUUAAGUGCUUUAACUAUAAGAUUAGAGUCCUCUGUUGCGUUGAAUGUUUAUCAACAACAUCACCAAAACCAACAACAACACUAACAUCAACAAAAACAACAACAGCACCUUCACCACCAACAACUACCACACCAAAACCACCAACAACAACGACACCAAUACAACCAACAACAACAACAGCAAUACCUACAACAACAACAACACCACCAACAACAACAAAACUAAUACCAACAACAACAACAACACCAAUACCAUCAACAACCACACCAACAACAACAACAACAACUCCAAUUCCACCAACGACAACAACACCAAUACCACCAACACCAUCAACAACACCAAUACCACCAACAACUCCAAUUCCACCAACAACAACAACAACACCAAUACCACCAACACCACCAACAAAUACCACAACAACAAUUACAACCAACAACAACCACACACACACCAACAACCACACCAAUUCCAACAACAACAACCACAACAAUACCACCAACAACAACCACACCAAUACCAACAACAACAACAACAACAUCAAUACAACCAACAACAACCACACAAACACCAACAACCACACAAAUUCCACCAACAACAACCACACCAAUUCCACCAACAACAACCACACCAAUUCCAACAACAACAACCACAACAAUACCACCAACAACAACACCACCAACAACAACAACAACAAUAAUACCACCAACAACAACCACACAAACACCAACAACCACACCAAUUCCACCAACAACAACCACACCAAUACCACCAACAACUACCCCCCAGACACCAGAGCCAACAACUACUCCUUGUAUUCCUACCUACAACAACAACAACACCAAUACCACCAACAACCACACCAACAACACCAACAACAACAACUCCAAUUCCACCAACGACAACAACACCAAUACCACCAACACCAUCAACAACACCAAUACCACCAACAACUCCAAUUCCACCAACAACAACAACAACACCAAUACCACCAACACCAUCAACAACACCAAUACCACCAACAACAACGACACCAAUACCAACAACACCAAUACCACCAACAACAACAACUCCAAUUCCACCAACAACAACAACACCACCAACCAACCAACAACAACAACAGCAACAACCACACCAAUACCACCAACAACCACACCAACAACACCAACAACAACAACUCCAAUUCCACCAACGACAACAACACCAAUACCACCAACACCAUCAACAACACCAAUACCACCAACAACUCCAAUUCCACCAACAACAACAACAACACCAAUACCACCAACACCAUCAACAACACCAAUACCACCAACAACAACCACACCAAUACCAACAACACCAAUACCACCAACAACAACAACUCCAAUACCACCAACAACAACCACACCAAUACCACCCGAAACAACCACACCAACAACAACACCACCAACACCAUCAACAACAACACCAAGAACAACAACAACACCAAUACCACCAACAACAACCACACCAAUACCACCAACACCAUCAACAACACCAAUACCACCAACAACCACACCAACAACACCAACAACAACAACUCCAAUUCCACCAACGACAACAACACCAAUACCACCAACACCAUCAACAACACCAAUACCAACAACAACAACACCACUAACAACAACAACACCAACAACCACACCAAUUCCACCAACACCAUCAACAACACCAACAACAACAACCACACCAAUACCACCAACAACAACAACACCACCAACACCAUCAACAACAACACCAACAACAACAACACCAAUACCACCAACAGCAACCACACCAAUACCACCAACACCAUCAACAACACCAAUACCAACAACAACAACAACAACACCAACAACAACCACACCAAUACCACCAACAACAACCACACCAAUACCACCCGAAACAACCACACCAAUACCAACAACAACAACAACAGCAAUACUACCAACAACAACACCAACACCACCACCACCAACAACAACAACAACACCAAUACCAUCAACAACAACACCAACAACAACAACCACACCAUUACCACCAACAACAACCACACCAAUACCACCAACAACAACACCACCAACACCAUCAACAACACCAACACCACCACCAACAACACCAACAACGACACCAAUGCCAACACCAACAACACCAACACCACCAACAACAACAACACCAAUACCAACACCACCACCAACAACAACCACACCAAUACCACAACCACCAACAACAACAACACCAGUACCACCAACAACAACAACCACACCAACAACAACACCAGUACCACCAACAACAACAACACCAAUACCACCAACAGCCACACAAACAACACCAACAACAACAACUCCAAUUCCACCAACGACAACAACACCAAUACCACCAACACCAUCAACAACACCAACACCACCAACAACAACAACAACAUCCACACCAAUGCCAACACCAACAACACCAACACCACCAACAACAACAACACCAAUACCAACACCACCACCAACAACAACCACACCAAUACCACAACCACCAACAACAACAACACCAGUACCACCAACAACAACAACCACACCAACAACAACACCAGUACCACCAACAACAACAACACCAAUACCACCAACAGCCACACCAACAACACCAACAACAACAACUCCAAUUCCACCAACGACAACAACACCAAUACCACCAACAACAACAACCACACCAACAACAACAACACCAAUACCACCAACACCAUCAACAACACCAAUACCACCAACAACAACACCAACAACAACCACACCAAUACCACCAACAACAACCACACCAAUACCACCGAAACAACCACACCAAUACCAACAACAACACCAACAGCAAUACUACCAACAACAACACCAACACCACCACCAACAACAACACCAUUACCACCAACAACUACCACAGCAACAACAACACCAACACCACCAACUACAACAUCAACCACACCACCACCACCACCAACAACCACACCACCACCAACAACAACACUACCACCAACAACUACCACACCAUUACCACCAACAACAACCACACCUAAACCACCAACUACAACGGAAGCCAUAACUCUAACCACAACCCCAACGACAACAGAAGAAUCAACCACAACCCCCAGGACAACUGAAAAACCAACCACAACCCCAACGACAACAGAAGAACCAACCACAACCCCAACGACAACAGAAGAACCAACCACAACCCCAACAACAACAGAAGAACCAACCACAACCCCAACAACAACAGAAGAAUCAACCACAACCCCCAGGACAACUGAAAAACCAACCACAACCACCCCUGUCAUAGAUACCACAACCACUAAAGCUCCUACAACAACACCUAAACCACCAACUACAACAGAAGCCACAACUCCAAUGACAACCACAUCACCAACAACCCAUGAAUCGGUUGUCACUGGUCCUCCAAUAACACCAGAACAUCAAGUCAGUUCAAUACCAACCACAACUGGGUCACCAACCCCUCCACCAAUCACUUGUCCUGAGUGGGACAAAGUGCAAAAUGAAACUUUCUGGCUCUGCAACUGCACUUUGGCCAGAUGCAUUGAAAACAACACCAUUGAGAUAAUUCCGUAUGAAUGCCCAGAGCCUGAGCCAAUCACAUGUACCAAUGGCAAGAAACCAGUGCUACAAUGGGAUGAGUUCUACUGCUGCCAACGAUUCGUGUGUGACUGCGUCUGUGAGGGUUGGGGAGACCCCCAUUACAUCACCUUCGACGGGCUCUUCUACAGCUUCCAAGGGAACUGUACCUAUGUGCUGAUGGAGGAGAUGUUGCCGCGUCACCACUUCAAGAUCUACAUCGACAACGUCAACUGUGAUCCCACCGAGGACGUGUCUUGUCCUCGAUCCAUCAUCGUGUCCUACCGCUCAACAGUUAUAACACUGAAGAAUCACAACCUCAUUGGAGCUGCUCAGUUGGAGGCUCUUAUUGAUGGAGUUUCCCUGAGACUACCCUUCACGCGGCACGGUGUGAAGGUGAUGAACUCUGGUAUCAACAUGGUCUUGGAGAUAGCACACCUCCAGGUGGUAGUUACCUUUGGAGUCACUGGCUUCAGCGUCAACCUUCCUUGGCAACACUUUGGCAACAAUACACAGGGUCAUUGUGGAACAUGUAGCAACAACCAGGCUGAUGACUGCAUGUUGCCUGGAGGUCAGCUGGUGGAGAACUGUGCUCUGAUGGCAGACUACUGGCCAGCCAAGGACCUCUACCAACCUGACUGCCAUGUGCCACCUGGAAUCCCCACCAACUCUCCUCUCCCUGAACCCACACAGAAGCCAUGCAAGCCAGACUCCUCUAUCUGUGAUCUCCUGAAGGACAGCAUUUUUGCAGCCUGUCAUCCAUUUGUCUCACCUGACAACUUCUACAAGGGCUGUGUCUAUGACAGCUGUCACGUGUCCAACCCAGCGGUGGAGUGCACCAGUCUGCAGACAUACGCUGCUGCCUGUGCCCAGUUCGGAGUAUGCAUCUACUGGAGAAACCACACCGAGCUCUGUGCCAGCGACUGUCCAGCUGACAAAGUCUACAAGCCCUGCGGUCCUGCAGAACAGCCAACCUGUGAUGACAAUCCAGACGAGUCUAGGAUGAACUUCACCACAGAAGGCUGCUUCUGUCCUGAUGGGAUGAAACUCUACAACAAGGACUCAGGGAUCUGUGUUGAUAAGUGUGGAUGCAUUGACCCUGAAGGAGUUCCGCGAGAGUUCAACGAGAGGUUUGAGUACAAGUGCCAGGACUGCGUUUGUUUGGAAUCCACCAAGACUGUGAACUGUAAACCCAAGGUCUGCUCCAAACCACCAGUAGAGAUAUGCACUGGACCAGGCUUUGUAUAUGUCAACCAAACCGAUCCAUCCGAUCCAUGCUGCUCCAACCUCGCCUGCCGUUGUGACAGCAGCACUUGCCCACCUACCAACAUGAACUGUCCUAUUGGGUUCGUGCCAGUGGUUUCAGUCCCUGAGGGGAAAUGCUGUCCAGAACACACAUGUGAGCCUAAAAGAGUUUGUCUUCACAAAGGCGUUGAAUACCUGCCCAAUUCUAAAGUACCGGGAUCAGAGUGCCAGGAGUGCACCUGCACCAACAAAGUGGACCCCAAGUCUGGUCAUUACCAAAUUGACUGUGGAUUCAUGCAAUGUGACGAAGAUUGUGAAAAGGGAUAUGAGUACCAGGAGCCAGACUACUCCUCAGAUGACUGCUGUGGUAAAUGUGUUCAGACCCACUGUGUCCUCCAGAUCAAUGGGACCAUGCAGUUGUUGAAGCAUGGAGAUACAUGGUCUGCUCCUGGUGACAAGUGCCAGCAGUACAGCUGUGUGAAAAACGGUGAUAGUUAUCUGACCCAGAGCUCCAACAUCCAUUGCCCACCCUUCCAGCAGGCCAACUGCCAGCCUGGUUCAAUUCAGACCGCUGCAAACGGCUGCUGUAGAAUUUGUGUGGAGAAGGACAAGGCCUGUAAGGUAGGAUCCAUGAAGAGUUUCAUCAACCACAAGAGCUGCCAGUCUGUUGAGGAGGUGGAGAUGCCGUACUGUGAGGGAUCCUGCAACACCUUCACCAAGUACUCUGCCAUGGCUGCGUCUCUGGACCACUCGUGUGCCUGUUGCCAGGAGUCCCGGUCCAGUAACCGCACAGUGGACCUACGGUGUCUGAAUGGAGAUGUGGUGCCCUACACCUACCUACACGUGGAAGAGUGUAGCUGCAGACACAGCGACUGCAACAGAGCCAUUAGGGUGCCUGCCCGCAGGACACGCAGCAACACGCUGGUGUAAAUGGGAUCUGUACUAAUACAGAUGGGAAUGGUCCAGCACCAAUCCACUCGCUGCUUACUAAGGAACACCCUGCUACCCUGCUUCACAUGGCUGUUAUUUAUCUAAUCGCUUUGAUUUAUAUGUCAAAUGUAGAUUAAAUCAUAUUUAAAAUGUAGAAAUGUAUGCUUAAUUAUCUUAUUAAAAUGCAACCUUCAAAUA